AUUAGAAAUGUCGAGUAUUCUGAUAGGGGCUCACUCUGACAUUCUCCAAGACAUUUUACAAAGAAUGACUGGAGCAACUGGAUAGUACAUCCAAAGUUCAAAUCCCCAAAUUAAGGCCACAUCCAAACGACUCUGCUGCGGAUACGCUUGGUUUCCACACUUCUGUGGAGUUUUAGAGCUGCUUAAACAAAGUUUCGGUUCGAUGCUGCAUUUCAGCAGAAAUCUGAGACGCUUGGAAACAAUAACAAAGACACUCCCCUUGCUGAUUGGGUGUUUUCGGUCAUGAUGUAGCCUUCACUGAUUCGUCAGGCUCUCAUCACAUGACCUCCUUUUCAGCAACGACUAUCAGGGCAGCAACAUGGAUAAUCAAUAACAAGCGUUUCUGAACCUGUUCUGUUGGGCAGCGAGCACAUCUACAUCGCACCAUCCGGGAUCCAGAAGGAGAGAAUACAGCCCGAAGACCUGUUUGUGUGUGACAUGGAGGAGAGGGACAUCAGCUGUCCGCCUCCCUCCAAGAAGUUAAAGAAGAGCCAGUGCACGCCGCUCUUUAUGAAUGCCUACACAAUGAGAGGGGCUCAGGCGGUGAUACACACCCACUCCAAGGCUGCUGUCAUGGCCACGCUGCUGUACCCUGGCAAAGAGUUCAGGAUCACCCACCAGGAGAUGAUCAAGGGGAUCCGUAAGGGCAUGGGCCGUACCAACUACCAGUACGAUGAAACCCUGGUGGUGCCAAUUAUUGAAAAUACGCCCGAGGAGAAGGACUUGAAAGAUCGGAUGGCUGUAGCGAUGGAGGAAUUCCCAGAUACGUGCGCAGUCCUCGUGCGCCGGCAUGGAGUUUACGUCUGGGGCGAGACGUGGGAGAAAGCCAAGACCAUGUGUGAAUGCUACGACUACCUGUUCGAUCUGUCCGUCCAGAUGAAGCAGUGUGGACUGGACCCUGCCGCCCUCCCACUGGAGCACAAAGUUUGACACUCUGCUGCCGCUCCUUAAAGAGACGUCUGUCUGAACGGAGCCGAUCGUAAUCAUUUGCCUUUCACGCCGGUCUGCUUCAAAUUGGAUGAAAUUUGAUGCUGAGGGCCGAUUCAGGACUGAAGGAGAUUGAACGCUCGUGAUCCAGAGGCACCUGGAGGUGCGCUGCAAAGCAUUGUGGGACGACUGCAGUGAAAUCAACGUCCUCGGGUUGAGACGCUUUCCUGUUCAAGCUCGACGAGUGCUGGAGUUGAGGUCUCGACUUGAACGUGGUGGAGCCUUUAUUUAAAAAGUCCUGUCUUUGUUUCAAUCAAUAAAAACGGAUGGAAUGUAAAUCGUUGAAAUGAAGAGACCAACAUCAACCAAUUAAUUUCUCAUGUUGUUAUUUCCUCACUGUAUGUAAAUGACCUAGAGGAGCAUCAAUCAUUAAUAGCUGCAUUCAAAUCCAUUGACAAAGAACUGACACAACUUUCUUUACUAGUCUUUUUCUAAACCUUUGAGUCAGACAAGAUGCUCCUGCUAAACUCAGACUAGUAUUAAAUCCAGAUCAGAUCAAUUACUGUACAUGCUCUUCACCAGAUCCCAAAUCAACCAUGAUUUUAAAUAUCAAAAACUGGUGGAAAUUAAGAGUUAAAAAUUAUAAAUAACUGGCUGGAUGACAAACUCUCUCUUAAAACUCACAUUAAUGAGCCAUCGAGGAAGAUAAAUUGUGUUUCUUUCAUAGAAA